CUUUCUCUCGGCGGUGGUGGGUUGGAGCCGCUGUCCCCUCGGCCUCUCGCAUGUUCCCCUCGAAAUUUUUGUUUUGAAUUCGAUGCCCCUGUUGUAGAUUUGCUCCCGUAGCACGCCACCGCAAGGCCACACCGAUCCCGCGUCUUGUUUACCCCCGAUCACGUUCGCCGUAGAAGCAGAAGCAUGGCUGUGGUAAGCGGCGGGUCGUCUGGGCCACUUGCCCGGCUCGAGGGCCGCGAAUUCGAAUACAUGAUGAAGAAGCGCUCGGUGACCAUCGGACGCAACUCCUCGCAGGGCUCCGUGGACGUGAGCAUGGGCCACUCCAGCUUCAUCUCCCGCAGGCAUCUGGAGAUUUUCACCGCCAGCGACGAGGGCUCGGGCAGCGGGGACUUCUACCUCCGAUGUCUGGGCAAAAACGGGGUGUUUGUGGACGGCGUGUUUCUACGGAGGGGCGCCCCUCCUCUGCAGCUUCCACGAAUGUGCACGUUCCGGUUCCCCAGCACAAACAUAAAGAUCUCGUUCACGGCCUUGUCCAGUGGCAGGAAAGUGAAACGUGAAGCUCCAGAAUCUCCAGUUAAAGCGGUUCAGCCUCAGAUCUCUCCUUUAACCAUCAGCAUCCCAGAAAACAUCGCCCACCUCAUGAGCCCCCUGCCCUCCCCCACAGGGACCAUCAGUGCUGCUAACUCGUGCCCCUCCAGUCCACGGGGGGCAGGCUCCUCUGGGUACAGACUGGGCAGUCGAAUGGUGAGCUCAGCAGAACUUCAGCUCAUAAACGAUAACUCGCAACCAGAGCACGAGAAGGACAACUCCGGAGGGGACAGUCCCAAGGACGACUCGAAGCCUCCGUACUCCUAUGCACAGUUGAUUGUCCAGGCCAUCACUCUGGCUCAGGACAAACAGCUCACUUUAAACGGCAUCUACAACCACAUCACCAAGAACUACCCCUACUACCGCACCGCCGACAAGGGCUGGCAGAACUCGAUCCGUCAUAACCUUUCUCUGAACCGGUACUUCAUAAAAGUGGCCCGGUCUCAGGAGGAGCCGGGGAAAGGUUCGUUCUGGAGGAUAGACCCGUCGUCUGAAGCUAAACUGGUGGAACAGGCCUUCAGGAAACGCAGGCCCAGAGGAGUCCCCUGCUUCAGAGCCCCACACGGACCCCUCUCAUCCAGGAGUGCACCGGCGUCUCCCAACCACUCGGGGGUGCUGUCUGCUCACUCCAGCGGUGUGCAGACCCCGGACAGCCUGUCGAGGGAGGGCUCACCUGUCCCUCUGGAGGUCGACACGUCUGUCCCCGCCCCCAGCGCCAACGUGCAGCCCAAACUAAUCCAGGAGACGAGAUUCGCACACAACACGCCAGGUACACACGGUGGAUUAUACUGUAGACGUCACACGCUGGGAAUAUUCUCAGCAUUUUAACUUUAUACUUUUAUAAACUACAUUUGUCUAGAUCCAGAAUAAAUAUAUUGUUAAAGCAGCUCUUGGGGUCAAAAUGAGACCCCUGUGGACUGUCUGCAACAAGUUUCUUAUAGUCCCCGACUUAUAAGAACCAACUACACAAGGGGAAAAAAACAAAUACACCUUAACUAAUUCAAAUAAAAUGCAGGGGAAAAUAAUACUGUUUAGUUAUAAAUAUUUCCUGUAGAUAUUGCAUGUUUUAGUAGCUUUUUUUUUUAAAAUCUGUUUUAUUGUCUGGAAAUAUUGAUGUAUUUCAUUUCAUAGUUCAUUUUGUUUUGUGUGUGAUAUUUGAUCAGUAUGAAUGAGGAAGCAGAGAUCUUUGAUACUGAAGGAGUUGUUGAAGAAAAACAAAAUGUCACUUUCCUGGAG